UCUCUCUAUCGGUUUCCAUUUCGAUUUCUUCGUCAGAUCUUUCGAUUUCGGUGUGCUAUGAUUUCGAUUUCUUCCGUGUGAUGCGCGAAAUGGUGGGAGCGUCGUCAGUCGCAGUGCAGAAAACUGAGCUGCAACGAGCUCAGUCUGGGUGUGUCACUCUGCAUCUCAUACACGCGCGAAGAGAGAGUGUGUGUGGUAGGGGUGAUCGGUUCCGGUCCGGUCCCACCCUGGAAUUGGGGACCAGACCGGUCCCGGUUCGGGCGGGACAAUGGAACGGGCAAUUCUCAAUAAUCGCAGUCGUGACUGUGACUGUGAGAGGCUGAGAGGUGAGACCAAGAGGGAAAGAGGAGAGUGAAAAUUAGAAUAAGGGUUUGCUGUUCUUUGGGAAAUUAAAAAAAAAAUUUAAAAAUAAAUAAAUCGGUCCGCUCUUUGGAAUCGGAUAAAAAAAUUACAGAUUCCAAUUUUAUGAAACCGGGAAUCAGAUCGGAGCCCCGGGAACCACCCAGAACCGCCUAGUUUGAUCCGAUCCGGUCGGUUCUCGGUCCGGUCGAUCCGUUUUGCUCAGCCUGUGGAGUGUCGAUUUUCUGGUAUCGGUGCAGCUCACUCAUCUUGAUCGUGCCUUCAGCUAUAGGAAUCUCGUCCAGCACCACAAAAGGAAGUAACCGGAAACAUCAAUCUGUGUUAUUAGAUGGUGAAGGAAGGGGCCAACUCAGGGACUGCAACAGGUGUCAUCUACGACGCGUUCUUGAACUUUCGAGGACCCGACACUCGCAAGGGAUUUGCAGAUUUCCUCUAUAUGCACAUGACCAGUAAAGGUAUCCGCAUUUUUAGGGACGCUGAAGAGUUACAGCCGGGUGAAAGAAUCUCGGAGAUCUUGCGAGCAAUAGAAAGCUCCAAAAUAUACAUUCUUGUUUUCUCCGAAAACUACGCUGCGAGUAAAUGGUGCCUGAAAGAGCUAACACAGAUAGUGAAGUGCACUUGCCAAUCCACAGGGAAAGUGAUACUGCCCAUCUUUUAUGAUGUGGAUCCCUCGGAUGUUAAGCUUGAAACGGACCUGUACAAAAGUGCCCUGGCGAAGCAUGAGGAGGACCUUGGCUGCGCUGUAGUGAAGCCUUGGAAGGAGGCUUUGACCACGGUGACAGGUUUCAAGGGGUGGCAUCUUAAAGAUCAAUGGCAAGGCAAGGCCGUUGAAGAUAUCACUCAAGAGGUUUUGCGGGUUAUCACAAUAAGAAAAAGAGAUUUGCCCGCCAAUCUAGUGGGAAUUGAUGGUCCUAUAGAAGACAUAAAGAAACUAUUACAUGGUUGUGAUGCUGAUGUAGGAUUUGUCAUAAUCCAUGGGAUUGGUGGCGUUGGAAAGACAACUCUUGCCAAGGCAGUCUUCAACGAAGUCUGUCCUCUAUUUGAAGGUUGCUCCUUCCUUUUGAACAUCCGAGAAUCAUCUCUAGGCGGUGGCAUGGUGAAAAUGCAAAGAAAAUUAGCAAAGGAUCUUUUUGAUUACCUACUUUCUGAAACCUUUGACUUUGAGGAAGGGAACAAUGUGAUCAAAAAGAUUUUUCCUUGCAAGCGAGUCUUAGUUGUUUUCGAUGACAUGGAUGGAAAUGAUCAAUUUAUGGAACUAGUGAAGCUUUGUACUUUGUGUCGUCCAGGGAGUAGGAUCAUCAUUACAACUAGAGAUAAGAAUGUUUUUUCUGAGACCAAGGUGAAAGGAUUGAAGGAAAGUAUCUUAACAGGUUCCACAUCAAGAGAUUUGUACGAAAUGAAGGAAAUGCAUUUGGAUCACGCUCUUCUACUUUUCAACAAGCUUGUUUUCGGAACAGAUGUGGCUCCAUGUGAUCUUUCUGGUCUUUCAAGGGAAGCUGUUGCACUUGCUGCAGGACUUCCAUUGGCUAUUGAGGAGAUAGGUUUACUUCUUGGUACCGCAAGUAAAGAUGAGUGGAAAUGCGGAAUAAAGAAGUUGAAGGAAGCGCCUCCCAAAAAAGUCCGACAGAGGCUAAUGAUUAGCUAUGAUGCACUUGGACGGGAGGGGAAACAAAUUUUUCUUGACAUUGCAUGUUUCUUUGUUAACAAGAAAAUAACCAAUGCAAUGUAUAUGUGGAAAGCUUAUGACCUUUAUCCGAAGCACGAAAUUGACGACCUUAUGAAUAAGUCCUUGAUCAGGUCUAUUGGUCAUGGUAGAGUCAGUAUGCAAGAUCCGAUAAGAAAUCUUGGGAGGGAAAUUGUUCGUCAAGAGAACACCGGAUUACAUGGAGAUGGAAGCAGAAUAUGGUGUCCCAAGAAGGCCCUGGACAUGGUACAAGCCAAAAAGGGAACAAAAAAUGUGGAAGCACUCAAACUACGGAGGUCGAGACACAAUUUUACUCGCGAGCAUUUUGCGAAUCUCAUUAACGUGAGGUUUCUUGAAUUGGAUGGAGGGAACUUUGUUGGCAACUUCAAGGAUAUUUUGCCGGACCUAAGAUGGCUUUGUUGGCAAAACUGUCCUCCGAAACUUCAAGCAACUAAUUUUGUUUUGAAUCACCUAGUUGUUCUCAAGCUUUUGGGCGAUUUCACCGCAGAACAUUGGAGCGGAUGGGUCGAAAUCAUGGAGGCAAGUGAUCUGAAAGUUUUGAAACUCGCGGGAUCUAAAUCCUUAAUCAAAACACCUUGCUUCCCUAAACUUAUGAGUUUGAAGAGAUUGGUUCUGAAAGAUUUCCUAAGCUUGACUGAAAUUGAUCGCUCGAUUGGUCAACUAGAGCGGCUGACUUACUUCAAAAUCAAAUGGUGUCCGAGUCUUAGAGAGUUGCCCCAGGAAAUUGGUUGCCUAACUUCCCUGAGAGAGCUCAUCUUGAUCCAUGGUUUUAGCGUUCAUAAUUUGCCAGACUCGAUCGGUAAUAUAAAACUUUUGUCAAGGCUAGUAAUGGAGGAUACAGGAGUAGUCAAACUUCCGGACACAAUCAAAGGGCUAGUGGAUCUUCAGUACUUGUGUUUGGCGUUUUGUUCAAAUCUAAUUUCGCUGUCGGAUGCUGUUGGGGAGUUAAAGUCAUUGACUGAGUUGGAUCUAUCUGGGACAAGUAUCAAGGAACUACCUCGAUCGCUUUGCAACCUCAAAGAUCUGAAAUUACGGAUAAACAAGAGUUUGAUAAGAGCACGGCGGAAGGGAGAUUUGCUUCGCUUGGAAGAUAUUGAGGAUUGCUGGUCCUCUGGAAGAAAACCAGAAUCAGAUGGCAUCCUGAGUGAAGAUCCUCCGAUACUACUAGACUAUCCAAGGGAAAUAGUUGUUUAGGAGUUGAGGACAAUUGCGGCACCAGAAUUUCAUGAGCAUCACCUCUCAGGAAGGUGCUCACCUAAGAUUUCGGCUAGGGUAGUCUUCUCGCGCAGUCAUCAUAAGUGGAUAAAUUUUGCUGCGAGAGCCACUUUGGGACACCGAGAUAAUGAGCUCACCUCUACCAAUUCUGAUCUUUGAAAAUCUGAUUUUAAUGCUUGUAUCCUGGUUAAAAAGAAAGUGGGUAUCCAAGUGGAUGCAUGGCUUUCAAAGAAUAGAUGAGGCACUGCUCUCGUUGGAGUUCAGUUCAUAUGUCUAUAACCUCGAAGAUCAGUAAUGUUGAUCAAGGUUUGCCUUGUUUGGUAAGUUUUGAUCUGUUUCCAUGGCUUUCCAUUGCGGUUUCAAUGACCUUAUAUGAGCAUUGUGAUAGUGAUCAGAUUGGAUGUCAAGUGGAGAAUCUGGAGAUAUUAACCCAAUUCUCACUCUCAAGCUUGUGGACUCCCUUUCUGCUGCUGAAAUGUCCUUGGUCGAGCAAAAAACUUCAAUACUCCAUUAGAAUGUGCAACUUUGGCAUGAGAAGGCCACUGGAUUCCAGGGUUCCACGUCUAUAAGAAGAUCCAAGAAUUGCAUGCUUUGCCAACUGAGAAAACACACAGUUUGAGCGUGUUUCCUAAAAUAAAGAUGGAUUAUUGUCUCUAUGUGUUGGAACACGCUCUUGCGCUCCAUCACAGCCGACUUGAUGUAAAGCAAACAACUCACCUGAUGAGGGAAUCCGCCUUGGUCGUGAAGUGGUCACGCACAUUUAUCAAUAUAGAAACACCUCCCAUGGAAGUCUAUCUAUUAUUGGAAGGUACCUACAUGCGCUUGUUCCAAUUGUGCCGCCGGGAUCAAAGGAGAGGUCGUCAUCACAAAGACUUUGGAUGCAGAGUUCCAAAAUUUGCCAAAUUGUGAGGGACAUCCUUUUAAUUCUGAAAGCUGCACUCCAUAUGUAUCUUGGAGAUUUUACCAUCUCUUAUGUAUCAAUGUUGAUGCUUUUUC